GUCAUUGUUUUUGUUCAUGACAAUGGAUCAAAGUGUAUUGGACAAACAUAUCUGCACAACGCAGGCACCGGAGACUAAAUCAUACUACAUGCAGCAGACAAUGCUGCGAAUCAAAGACCCAAGAAAGAGUCUAGACUUCUACACCAGGAUCCUUGGCAUGCGACUUCUGUACAAGGCUGACUUUCCCCAGGCCGAGUUCACCCUUUUCUUCAUGGGAUACCUGGAUGAAUCAGUGAAGAUUCCAGAGGAUCAGGAGGAGGCGAAGAAGUUUUGUUUGUCCCAAGUCGGCACGAUUGAGUUGACAUAUAACUAUGGGACUGAGAAAGAUGACGAUUUUAAAUAUCACAAUGGGAACUCGGAUCCGAGGGGGUUCGGACACAUCGGAGUUGCAGUUGAUGAUUUGCACAAGGCGUGUGAGAGAUUUGAGAAGCUUGGAGUUGAGUUCCAGAAGAGACCUCAGGAUGGAAAGAUGAGACAUAUUGCAUUCAUUAAGGACCCAGAUGAAUACUGGAUCGAGAUAUUUGCUUCAAACAAGUUCUAAAAUUAUUUUUCUCCUUCAAACAGGUGCUUCAAAAUAUUUAUUAGCAUAGGUCAUAUGCAAUCAGAAAUUAUUUAUUUUCAUAAUUCAUGUGCACUCUGAAAUUAUUUAUUUGCAUAAUUCAUGUGCACUCCGAAAUUAUUUAUUUACAUAAUUCGGCGAAUGACAAGGAGACGGAUAUGAUGCAGACAGUGAACUUAAUAGGCAGUUAUGAG